ACACUACUCAAAUUCAAUUUCCACCACAAGAUAGAAUAAGAACUCCAACUCCACCUCUAACCGAUAUCCCUCUCGGACCCCCUAUCUAUACACCCCCUCCUCAAUUCCUCUCUACUCCUCCCACAAAUACUUCUAAUCAACGAUAUUUCAAUCUUAACAUUAAUCCUCGAACAGCAAUAACUAACUUUAUUCAUCAUUUUACUCCUACUACUACUCUAUCUAAUAGGAACCUUCUAAUCCCUGGAAAUUAUCCUCAAGCUAACCUAGACCUCAAUAAUACUCCCUCUUCACACUAUACCCCACUUGACUCUCCACCUCCUUAUCAACUUAACUAA